GCCGCCUCCAUUUAAGGCGGGGAGAGGAGCGCGGGCGGCAGUCGCUGUGGUUUCCCAGUUGAGGUUGCUUGUAUCUUUUGGGAGCAGAAACUCGUGGCGGUAGUGUCUUGCGACCGAUUUUACCCGCGAGGGACUACAGAUCAGGCGAUCAGGAGCGCAGCCCGACCAGGCCCAGCCCUUACUUUCCCUUCACCACUUGGUGCCCAUAUCUAGGUCGGCUCCGGCGCGGCUGAGAAGGCCGCGGGCGAGAUGUUCAAAAACACGUUCCAGAGCGGCUUCCUCUCCAUCCUCUACAGCAUUGGCAGCAAACCCCUGCAGAUCUGGGACAAAAAGGUGCGGAAUGGCCACAUCAAAAGAAUCACUGAUAAUGACAUCCAGUCCCUGGUGCUAGAGAUUGAAGGGACGAAUGUCAGCACCACAUAUAUCACCUGUCCCGCAGACCCAAAAAAGACGUUGGGGAUUAAACUGCCCUUCCUUGUCAUGAUUAUCAAAAAUUUGAAGAAAUACUUUACCUUUGAAGUACAGGUACUAGAUGACAAGAAUGUGCGUCGGCGGUUUCGGGCAAGUAACUACCAGAGCACCACCCGAGUCAAACCCUUCAUCUGUACCAUGCCCAUGCGGCUGGAUGAUGGCUGGAACCAGAUUCAGUUCAAUCUGUCAGACUUCACACGGCGGGCAUAUGGCACAAAUUACAUCGAGACCCUGAGAGUGCAGAUCCACGCAAACUGUCGCAUCCGACGUGUUUACUUCUCAGACAGACUCUACUCAGAAGAUGAACUGCCGGCAGAGUUCAAAUUAUAUCUCCCAGUUCAGAACAAAGCAAAGCAAUAACUAGAAUGCAACUCAAGGGAUGUCAGACCCUGGACAUGGCUCUUAGUUUGAAAAGGAAACUAAC